AAUGUAAAGGCACGAGUGUGCCUUGUUUGAAAGCCGGGAACAGUUACAUUUCAAACGUUUCAGUUAAUCAUUGCAACAAAAGCCUGCCUGGCUGGCUGGCGUCAUAGUGAGAGAACGUGCUGCAGGAAUGACAAUAAGAGUGACAGAAGAAGUUGGAAUGUGACCGGGGAAGGAAAGAGAGGUUGCGCGCUCACACAGAAGGGUGGGCAGAGGAGCCUUGUUAUCCGUGCACCGCUCCGCAGCUGGAAACAGAAGCCUGGAAGGGCUGUCAAACGAAGAGCGGAUUCAUUUUGUCACCUGUGACUGAAUGAGGAGAGGAAGCAUUUACGUUUAUAACAGAUUACAGCAGCUCCUCUCCUGCCGGAGUGCUGGAGCGGUUGAUGCUGCGCGCUGGCUGGCCUCCUCUGCUCUCCCGGGGACAGCGGCACAAAUGAGCGCCGUCUGGCAGGCGCGGAGGGUCCGGGGGGAGACGGAAGCACGCUGACGGAGCGGGACCGCUGCCGUGCCGAAACCAUCUCAGAUGCGCUGCCGUCCUGGGACAGGUGCGAGCCGGAGCAGGAACAGGAUCGAAGCGAUGUGGGGGGAAAAAAGGACAAACAAACAGGGCUUGGCGUCGGUGAUGAGAAUGACUUGCAUACUAAGCAGGACACCGUGGCCUGAGUCACAACGGAAAUGCACCUGAAGAACAAGGAUGGAGACUGAAGCGGCCUUUCUGGAGAGGCGCUAUGUGCACAGCGUCUACGAGAAGACCGCUCCCUACCUGGGCCACCUGCAGGGCAAGGCCUGGCCUCGGGUUCGACAGUUCCUCCUCCAACAGAAACCGGGCAGUCUGGUGGCUGACAUUGGCUGUGGCACUGGGAAGUAUCUGAAUGUCAAUCGUGAAGUCCGCACGGUGGGCUGUGAUCUGUGUGGCCCCCUAGUGGCCAAAGCCAGGAAGCAGGGGAAUGAAGUGCUGGUGUGUGACAACCUUCGCCUCCCCUUCAGGAACAGCAUCUUCAGCGCUGUCAUAUCCAUCGGCGUGAUUCAUCAUUUUUCCACCCCGGAGAGGAGGGUGUGCGCGAUAAGAGAGAUGGCGAGGACGGUGGCCCCGGGAGGGGAGCUCAUGAUUUACGUCUGGGCCCAGGAACAGAAGCUGCGCCGCUUCCCCAAGCAGGACGUCCUGGUGCCGUGGAACGGGGCCUUGUGCUCCAGGAACUCUUCCGAAUCCGGGGACGCGCGUUCGGGUCGCGCCGACCUGCCGGAGGGCCGCGCGGGGACGGACCCCCUGGGGGGCGGGACGGGCGGGCGGCGCGCCCACAGUUUGGGGGGGGACUACGUGGCGAUGGGCAGGUGCUGCUUCAGAAUCCCGUCCCAGCGGGAAGACGCCAGGGCGCCCCGCGCCUGCUUGAGCCGGGCCCUGCGGUCCUGGUUCUUCUCCAAGUCCCUGGACGAGUCCGGCAUGAGGCGCUGCGUGGAGGGGCUUCAGCUCCGGAGCGGCCCGGCGCAGUGGGCGGACAGCGCGGUUCUGGUUCAGCCCGUCCGGCACGGCAGCGUCGAUCUGGGCCUCGGCGGCCCGCUGCUCCGGCAGACCAGCCUCGACGACGACGACGACGACGUGUUCGCGGAACCGGCGAAUCAGGAGGAGGAGGAGGCGGGGGAGCAGUGGCUGAAAGUCGCCGGCGCUCUGACAGAGGUGAACGGGGGCGAGCGAGGACGCGCCCGCGGGGACCACGUCGCCGCGGAAACCCGCCAGCUCUCCGCCGCGGUGAGGAGCGCGAACGUCUUGAACCGCGGCGCCGGGACGCGAGCCGCCCCGCCGGGCUCCGCGGGCUCCAUCCUGGAGACGGUGAGCCUGGACGGGCGGGAGGGCGACCGGGCGGACGCUGGAGACCUGAUGCGCUACUACCACGUUUUCAGGGGAGGAGAGCUGACCCGCCUGAUCGAGGACAGCGUCCCGGAGCUCAGCGUUCAGAGCUCCUGCUUCGACCACGGAAACUGGUGUGUGAUCGCCAAGAAAAAGGGGUCCUCUUAAGAGCCUUUCUCCAAUAACGAUCAGAAUGUCCAUCAUUCGAACAGCAUCGGCAGUGUACUCUAUAUCUGGAACUAUUAUUAUGACCUACAUGGGAAAAUUAGAUAGUGAAUUCCCAUUAACUGUACUAAAUCAGUUUUCAUUAGGCCUACCCUUAUUGUCUCAUUGUUUUGACAACCCCCCCCCCCCCCCCCACAUAGAAAAUUACUCAAUAUAUGAAUCAUAUCAGGUACAAAAACAAUACAAUUCAGUGUCCAAUAUCAAUCUCUUGUCAAGUUUAAGUUUGAGUUUUGCACUCAUCUGUUUUAAAUUGUGUCCAAAAUGAUAAUUUACACAUAAAAAAUAAAUUAUCUUGCUCAUAAGAUGAA